AUGUCAAUACCACCAGAUAUUUAUUCUAUUUUUGAUAUAAAUGAAGAAACUGAGGAAGCUAGUAAGGAAAUUGAUAUAGAUAUAAGUGACGAUGAAAUUAAUCUUAUUCUUGAUACUACAGAUGGUAUUGAGCAUAUGUGGGAAGGUGUUGAAGAUGAUAAUACAAUACUGGAAGGAUCUAAAGAAGCAAAUAAAAUGAAAACUCACCAUAUUCACUUUACACCUGAAGGUGACCAAAAAUAUCUCCUCAGGAUACAAAUUUCACUAAACGAUAAUGGAUUGAUCCUAUUACAUGUGAUGAAUCCACACAGGGAAAACCUAAUUUCUCGGUCAUUAAAAUUACCAGAUAUAUUCAAUGAAUUAGAGCAAUAUCAAUGUAACGGAAAUUACAAUAAGUUUAUUUUAUUGAACAUCAUAAAAAGAGCACAUUCAUAUGAGAAACUUGAGCAACUGGUUAAAUCAUUAGAAUCAUCUAUUGAACAACCUUGGGCAAGCGAAGAUAAAUGGAUGGAUUUUAUUAUUCAAGUUAUUUACAGAUUGAAUAUAUUAAAUGUAUAUCACUUAUUACAAGAGGUUAAUCAAGAAUGA